CGGAGGACAACCACGCAGUCCGAAAGAUCAAUGCAGCCCAAGAAGCUUCCUUUGUUCACUUUGACCACGCUAUUUCUGGGAAAAUUCCUCAAAAGCACAAGUCAACCCUGGUUGGCGUGUAUGGAACUGGGGUGGGCGGGCCCAGUACUGUCUGAGAUCUCAGGGAGCCAGCCGGAGUCUCUCCGGCUGGGCGAUGCGAUAGCAGUUCAGUUUUUUUUUUUUUUUUUGCAUCAGAUACCAUCCAAACAUGUCAUAUCCUUGUUGGGUUUGCGCUGUGAAUGUAUGUAAUGGCGUCUAAUGUUCCACUUUCUGGUUGGGAUUGGCAUCUGGGUGCUUCUUAAUUAAGAACCAAUCUUGUUGUUGUGCUUUACUGUUCUACUUCGCUAGUGUUCUUUGUUUAUCUUUGAUUCGCGAGUUGCAAUGUAUUGCCUAUUCCCGUCUGCAUCGCUUUGUGGAAUUGCUUCCAUGAGUUUUGAACAGGGACACGGCUUGCAGACUUCGUCGAAGCUCGUUUUAGGAGCUCAGGAGGCUGAUUCUUUUCGUAAUUUCAAAUCCCCUUCAGAGCUGCAACAAGCGCACGCCCUUCUCAUCAAGACUCGCACUUCUCUCCGUGUCCUCCCGCUGCUCCGUGUUGCUUCGGUUUGUGCUCUCACUCCAAGCUUCUCCUAUGCGCAACAAAUCUUCCAUCAUGUUGAGCAGCGAGAAAUUUCCAUGUGGAAUCAUUGCUUAAGAAAUUUUGUGGAGAGUGAUUCACCGUGGGAUGCCAUUUUGCUGUUCCACCAAAUGCGGAGGCACAAUGUAUUCCCCGAUUGUUUUACUUGUUCGUUUGUUCUCAAUGCAUGCGUGAAAUUGCUGGAUGUUUUCCAUGGGAGAAUCGUUCACGCAUUUGUAGUAAAGCUCGGACUUCAGUUCAACUUGGUUCUGCAGAAUGCGAUUGUUCAUUUAUACGCAUGCUGUGGGCAGAUGAAUGAUGCAGCUCUCCUGUUUGAUAAAAUGCCGCAGAGAGAUGUUGUUACUUGGAAUACGAUGAUCACACAGCUGAUGAAGAAAGGCGACACUGAAUCCGCAUACAAGAUGUUUGUUGAAAUGCCUGAAAGGAAUUUGAGGUCUUGGACUGCUAUGAUAUCUGGUUUUGCACAGUGUGGGAAGCCCAAGCAGGCUGUUGAUCUCUUCAUGAAGAUGGAAGAAGUCGGGUUGAAGCCUAAUGAGGUGACUCUGGUAGCUGUUUUAGCAGCCUGCGCCGAUCUCGGUGCACUUGAUCUCGGGAUUAGAAUACACAGCUAUUCUGAUAAUAGAGGAUUCGAAGGAAAUAUCCAAAUCUGUAACACCCUGAUCGAUAUGUAUAUCAAAUGCGGAUCUCUGAAAGCUGCAUAUGAUAUUUUCAGGGGCAUGAAGAAACGAACAGUCAUCUCAUGGUCAGCCAUGAUUCAAGGACUAGCAAUUCAUGGAAAAGGUAACGAGGCCUUGGAACUCUUUCCUGAAAUGAUUCGUUCAGGAAUGACCCCUAAUGAAGUUACAUUCGUUGGCAUCUUAACUGCUUGUAGUCAUAUGGGAUUGAUAAGCGAGGGAAGAGCAUUUUUUGCUAGCAUGACUAGGGAUUACGGUAUUAUUCCCUGUAUAGAACACUAUGGUUGCAUGGUUGAUUUGUUAAGCCGUUCUGGGCUGCUGCAGGAAGCCUAUGAGUUUAUCAAACAGAUGCCCAUAAAGCCGAAUGCAGCUGUAUGGGGUGCCAUUCUUGGUGGAUGCAAGGUCCACAAGAAUGUUGAAAUGGCGGAAGUGGCAAUGUCACACUUGCAAGAAUUGGAUCCAAAAAACGAUGGUUAUUACAUUGUUCUGGCAAACAUAUACUCAGAAGCUAAGCGAUGGGAUGAUGCUGCGAAGAUGAGGAAGUUUAUGAGAAAUUCGGGGUUGAUGAAAACGCUUGGGUGUAGUUCAAUUACUGUGAAAGGGACAGUGCAUGAGUUUGUGGCAGGGGAUGAGAGCCAUCCGCAAUCGGUGGAGAUUUAUAAGAUGUGGAAUCAAUUACAAGUGCAUAUGAGGCUGAAAGGAUAUCAGCCAAACACGUCAGUUGUUUUGCUUGACAUGGAGGAAAAAGAAAAGGAGAAGCUUUUGUCUCGCCAUAGUGAGAAACUAGCGCUGGCUUUUAGCCUUAUUAAUACUCAGCAUGGCGAAACUAUCAGGAUCUUCAAGAAUCUUCGUAUCUGUGAAGAUUGCCAUGCUGCUUUCAAGUUGAUAUCAGAGAUUAUGAGAAGGAAAAUCGUUGUACGUGAUAGGAACAGGUUCCAUUGUUUCGAAGAUGGCUCUUGUUCUUGUAUGGAUUAUUGGUAGCCAUUCUUUCUACGUUGCAACUAGAUCUACUACUACUAAAGACAUGACAGAAUACUUGCCUUCAAGACUUUUAAAGCAGGCUCCUUGUGAACUUUGGUACAACUUGCUGACUCUCUUGCUUAAACUCUCCCUUUUGGAGUUAAUAGAAAAGUAUGGGCCACUCAUGUUAUUCCCUUGGUAUUUAAUGCACAAGGAAUUUUUGUACAUACUCUGGUAGGAGGCAGAACAUACAACCAUGAUGAGUGCGUAGCUAGAUAAAUGUGAACAGAUUAUGAUAUAUUUGUAAUUAGUUUUAGUAAGUUGUGGAAAUAUUUCUCUACUGAAGAGAGAAAAGAAAGCCCUUGAUGGAUUUUCUUCAUCGCCAGCAUUAAAGAAUACAGUUUUUGAGGUUGACAUACAAGACACUACCAAGUUUUUCAACAAAACUCUUAAGUUAUGGCAAUUGGUUUUCCAAUUUUAACCAGUCCAAAUCGAUGUAAAUUCUG